AUGGCCCCUGGAUAUUCGACAAAGGAUCUGGUGGUGAUAGUGGAUUAUGAUGGUGUAAAAAUCCUAGAUGAGAUCGAGUUUGUUUCCAUCCCAAUCUUGGUUUGUGUGAUGAAGAUGCCCCUGGGACUUGUGACGAAACAAGCUAGGGAUGUCAUUAGUGGGAUGAUCGAAGAGGAGGUGUUGGAGGUGGAUGCAGAUGAGAAUGAUCAGGCAGUGGGAGAGUGUAUGAGGAUUAAGAUCAAGUUGGAUAUCCGUGAACCGCUGAUGCGAGGUGUGACCCUGGAUGUUGGGAAGGAGGAUGAGAAACGCCUCUAG